AUGAGUCUUGUAGAGCAAACUGCUUUUGCCACCGAAAUCUUGGGCGAAUUGAGUUCUCGUGCCGUAAAAUAUCCGCAGGACUUUGCACCUCCUGCUCAAACUCGACCUAAGCCUGUCAUUAAGUCUCUCCUCAAAAACUCAAAAAAUAAAGCGCAAACUGGCGGCGCAACUAUUCCAACAACCAGCAGCAGUAAUUCUAUUAAUGCACAAGGCAAAUUGAUUAAUGUAAAUGUGAAAUCAUUGAGAGGCGGAGGAAUUUAUACGAUUCAGUUGGCCAAUACUGACAGCAUAGUCACGCUAAAAGAAAAAAUUCGACCACUUGCUCAAUUAAGUCCAGCGAAUCAGCGGUUGAUUCUAAGGGGAAAAGCUUUGGUAGAUACAAAAACUCUAGCGGACUAUAAUAUCACCAAUGAUACUACUAUACAUUUAGUGCAGAAAGCUGGUAGUAUUGGUGGUGGUUCAAUUUCCUCGCCUGUGGAAAUUAAGUCAACAACAAUAACCUCAUCUUCAUCCACAACCUCUACAAGUAAUAAUCGACUCACGGACUCGGGAACAAGUACAACAAGAGAUCCAAAGUUUUGGUGGGAUUUACGUGGAUUCUUGCAACAGCAUUUUAAAGAGACUGAUGAUGCUGAUCGCGUCUUAAAUGAGUUUUUGGGUGUAUAUAAGGAUCUAAAUGGAAAUAUUUCCAAUGUUCAAGACUUGGAACGAUUAGUAAAGAAUUCAUAA